CAGUGAAGGGAGGGCAUAAACGAAGCUUAGUUUGUAUUAUACUUUAUUUAUUUUCUAACUUAAGAACAUUCUUUUAGAUUUUGUAUGUGUUCAAAGUUGGGCUUGAUUGUGCUGAAUUUGGUUUCACCUUCAAAGUAUCAUAAAAGUUCGUAUUCAAGUCACUUUGCAGUAUCAUCCAUAGUCAGCUUAGCAAAGGUAUAACUUUCUUGUCGUCCUCAAUACCUAAACUCAUACUUUUUGUCUCUUUUUCUUCAGAUUCAGGUUUGUCGUUCCAGUAAAAAACUUAUCAUGAAACCAGAUACCCGUACACUUACAAGGGAAUUUACCAAGCUUACGAAUACUUCAUCGAAGACUGCACUUAGUUGGUUGAAGCAGUACGAUUUCGACAUAGAUCUCGCAUGCCUUCGUUGGACUGAAAAAGAGUCCAAAGCCGAAUCUGAAAAAACUAUCCACCAAAUAUUUGAUCAAUUCAAGUCUGUUGAGGAUGACAACAUAAUCGAUUUUGAUGGAUCUGCAAAACUGUUCGAGAGUUUAGGCGUUUCUUUCGAAGAUCCAGAGACAUUGUUAAUUUCUUAUUUGCUCCAGUCCCCCAAUAUGGGUGAAUUUGAGCGAGAAAAGUUCGUUCACGGAUGUUCUGACCUAUCUGUCACUAGUAUGUCUGAUCUUAAAAAUGUCGUGAACCAAAAGAAGUCUCUCUGGAAAUCGGAUCGUACACUCCAAAAAGCCGUCUACAUAUACUCCUACCCGCUUGCCUGUGAUAAAGGAAAAAAAACCCUUGGUACUAGAAUAGCCAUUGAGCUUUUGCAGGUUCUUCUAAAAGACUUCUUUGUUUUGCUUGAUCACUGGGUCAAUUUCUUGCAAAGUUCAUCAAUCAUCGAUCGCUCCUUGCCUAGAGACACUUGGAACGAAUUGUGGGACUUCUCAGUUUAUACUCAGUCAUCUCCAGACUGUACAGAUUAUGAUUUCGAAGGCGCUUGGCCAACUCUUAUUGAUGAAUUUGUCGUUUACUAUCGAAAAUGUGUUUUGAAUCUUCCCGAGCAGUAACGUACAUGAUUUCGUAUUUCGAUGGUAAAACAUUUUAUGAGAUCCUUUUAUGCAGCUUAAGUCUCACAUGAAUAUAAUCUAAUAAAGAUGAACCGUUAUUUCUCUAUUUUAACUAUUGUUUUUAUCACAUCUUCCACAUAGCGGUAAAUUAUUUAUUAUUAUGAUUAAUCAAAAACGUAGGUAUUAAAUUAUAAAUAACCGAAAUAUGAUAUGUUUAUCUCAGAAGUGUA